AAUAGAGAAAAGGCAUCGGCAUCCAUUAUCAUUAGUACAACUAAUAUUUGUACAUGCAUAAAUAGUGCAAAUAAUACUUGCCAGCCUAAAAUUGCCCACAGCCUCAAAGGCACAAACACUCACACACUUUCUCUCUCUAUCUCUUUCUUUCUCUCUCUCUCUCUCAAAGUCUUCUAAAUAAACUUGUCAAUAUCACCUGAAAUAUCUCCAUUUUCUCCGGCUAUACUCGCCGGAAAAUGUGGAAAAUGCGUUGUGUUUUGUGUCUUCUACUGUUUUGUUGCUCAGCUGCAUUUGUUUCAGCUCAAAGAUCUGGCAAUGUCACCUCUAAAUGGUUAACACUAAGCGGAGAUGCACCAAAAGUUAUAGCUCGCGGAGGAUUUUCUGGGUUACUUCCUGAUUCAAGCUAUAAUGCCUACGCUUUGGCACAAGCAAUUAGCUUGGCCGAUUGGGUUGCUUGGUGUGAUGUUCAACUCACAAAAGACGGGGUUGGCAUUUGUUUUCCUGAUAUCAAGCUCGACAAUGCUUCUGAUAUCGAUGUUCUCUUCAAAAACAGGCAUAGUAACUACUCAGUGAAUGGAGUAACUCAGACAGGAUGGUUUUCUAUAGAUUUCAACUUCAAGGAUUUGGCGCUUGUCAGCUUGAAACAGGGAGUGUAUUCACGAGCGCCUAAUUUUGAUGGCACUCCCCAGCAAAUUCUUACUGUCCAGGAUGUAGCUACCCAACUCAAACCUCCAGGAUUAUGGUUGAAUAUCCAGCAUGAUUCCUUCUACAGCCAGCACAGUCUGAGUAUGAGAAGCUUUGUUAUUUCCUUAUCUAGAAGUGUUAUUGCCAACUAUAUUUCAUCACCUGAGGUGAAUUUCCUUCGAAAUAUCGCAUCACGAUUGAAUCCACGAGUGACAAAACGCGUUUUCCGGUUUCUUGGCGAGGGUGAUAUCGAGCCAUCAACAAAUCAAACAUAUGGUUCUCUAGUAAAGAAUCUCACAUUUAUUAAAACCUUUGCCUCUGGGAUUCUUGUUCCCAAACGCUAUAUCUGGCCAACGGACAGCAGUUUGUACUUGCAGCCACAUACCUCGGUUGUUUUGGACGCUCAUAAGGAAGGUCUUGAAAUUUAUGCAGCAGACUUUCUUAAUGAUGUGCCUUUUGCCUAUAAUUAUAGCUAUGAUCCUGUAGCUGAGCAUUUAUCCUAUAUCGACAAUGGUGAGUUCUCCGUCGACGGAGUGUUAUCUGACUUCCCAAUGACUCCAUCUGCGUCAAUAGAUUGCUUUGCUCAUUUGGGAAAGAAUGAUAAACCUCAAGCAAAGCUUCAGAUUAUUUCACCUGAAGGAGCAAGUGGAGACUAUCCUGGUUGUACAAAUUUCGCAUAUACAAAAGCUGCUUCCGAUGGUGCUGAUGUUCUUGGCUGUCCUGUCCAAAUGACAAAAGAUGGAAUACCCUUCUGCCUUGGUUCGAUAAAUCUGAUAGACAGGACCGAUGCAGCCCAAUCAGAAUUCAGCAAUAUGGCUAUCCCUGUCCCAGAGCUUCAGAUAAAAUCUGGAAUACUUACCACCAACCUUAGUUGGACCGAUAUUAUUCAAAAGCUGAAACCGGCAAUAUAUAACCGGUGGUUAGAUUAUAGAUUGUUGCGUAAUCCAAAGGCCAGAAGUGAUGGGACCUUUAUGUCGUUGGCAGACUUCUUGACAUUUGCUAAAAAUGCUACUUCUGUUUCUGGUGUAAUGAUAAGCAUAGAGAAUGCAGCAUACCUGGCAAAGCAGGGAUUAGGUGUAACUGGUGCUGUUAUGGACACCUUAAGCAAAGCUGGUUUCAAUAAUCAGACAGUUCAAAAAGUUAUGAUCCAAUCAAGUGAGAGUUCUGUUCUGGAAGAAUUUAAGAAAAGUAAUUAUGAACUUGUUUAUAUGGUUGACAAUGAUAUCCGUGAUAUUGAGAACUCAACUUUAUUGGAGAUGAAGACCUUUGCAAAAUCAGUUGUUAUAACGAAGGACUCAGUCUUUCCCAGCGAUAGCUCAUUUCUCAUUGGUCAAACGAAUAUUGUGCCGAAGCUGCAAUCAGCAAAUCUUCCCGUAUAUGUACGACUCUUCAACAAUGAGUUUAUAUCUCAACCAUGGGACUUUUUCUCAGAUUCAUCUGCUGAGUUAAACAACUUUGUUCUUGGAGCUGGCGUUGAUGGUGUUAUUACUGAAUAUCCUGGCACAGCGGCUAGAUACCGAAGGAACCGUUGUUUACAGUACAAAGAGUUGCCGCUAUAUAUGAGCCCUUCUAAACCUGGGAGUCUCCUGGAACUCAUGACUCCUCAGUCUUUGCCGCCAGUCGAAGCUCCCAGGCCGGUACUCACUGAAAACGAUGUGACUGAGCCACCUCUUCCACCCGUUGCAAAGGUAAACCCGGCUAGUGACAAUGGUACAGCUAAAGCUCCCGCUAGUGCUCCAAAUGGCCAAUCCUCAGUUGUUGCUAGCAUUCUCAUGAGCUCAGUUGCAAUCCUUCUUGCAAUUAUCUUGGUAUCCUGAUGACCAUUUCUGCCUUGGUGCCACCAUUUUGUACAAUUUGUUUCUACAUCCUACUGAUCAAACUUCUGGGGUAGUCUCGGAUCAGCUCGUUUAACACGUGAUUGUUUCCUUGUAUUUUUCCAACGUAUCAAACUUCAGCUCUUUGUUUAUUCUUUUCAUUCUUACUCGUUUCUAUUUUUCAUCCCUUUCCCCUCUCCUUUUUUCCAUUUUGGGUCUGAGUGGGUGUUUGGGGUUUAUUGCCUAUUUAUUGUAAGAAUUCUGUAUUGGAUAUAAGCAAUGAUCAAUGUAGUUAGUAUUUUUCA